CCGUCAUCCUCCCUCCGCGCCCUUGCGAGAUGUAAACCUCUGACAAACCGCGACAAUGCCACCACCGCCGAACCCGGAGCUUCGAAGGCAGGUGAUUGCCAUCUACAAAGAGCUCCUCAACCUCGGAAAAGACUACCCCCAAGGCGGCCUGACAUACUUUCGCCCUCGCCUGCACAAGGCCUUCAUGUCCAACGCCCACCUGCGCGAUGAGGAUAAGAUACGGGAGGGGAUUGCGCGCGCCGAGUUUGUGCAGAAAGAGAUUGAGGCGUUAUACUACCUCAAGCGAUACAGGACGCUGAAUAAACGAUACAGCCCCGGCUGAGGACCGUACAAAAGAAACAAGAAGCAAGCCCAGGAAGACCUUCCCCCCAGGUUUGAGCGCCUCGAAACAAAAACACGAUACAAAGUUGAACAGCAGAUCACCAGUCCACACCACGCUGCCCACAUCACUCAAGCGAGCCUAGAGAAUAAAAUAACAGACAUCCAGGGCAACAAAACGCUGAAAUCUGGGCUCCAAGCUACGGGUGUGUUUGGGGAUCCCAAAGCCUACACAUCACAACCUGGUCGGGCAAUGUGGUGAUCUUUCUAAUCUUGCAGCUGGUGGCGUUUAAACAGGUCUCGUGCUUGCUGAUCGUUCCCCUCCUAUUCAGCUACCACUCUGGCGGGUCUGGCUUGUUUCUGGCAAAGCGAAUCAAACAAGGAAAUAUGAGGAAUGCCGACACACGUGGCGUGUCAAGGACUGGAAAGCUGCAAGCCGAGACUGCAAGCAUGCAAGGACGUCAAAGAGGAAUGUACACUUUUUUUUUGGAGAGAAAAAAAAAGCGUCUUUUGUUUUAGCCAAGCUUCAUAUUCUGAAAGACAUAGAUCAAAAAAUCAUAACAAUCAAAAACUGGAAUGAACAAAACAACUGAGUUCAUAAAAACGCCG